AGGGGGGAGAGAUACCAGAGGCUCGUGUGCAAACCGCGUGUGGCGCAGCGGAGAGAGGAGGAACCGAAAAUAAACAGCAACGAAUCACGUAGCUAAGUAGCUUACUGAUAGUGGAAAUGAGUAGCAACGAGUGCUUUGGGUGCGGCCGCUCAGGCCACUGGAUCAAGAACUGCCCCAAUGCCGGACGUGGGCGUGGCAAGGGCCGUGGACGAGGAAAAGAUCUUUUCUGCUAUCGCUGUGGAGAACCAGGCCACGUUGCCAGGGACUGUGAGCGGACUGAGGAUGCAUGCUACAAUUGUGGCAGGGGUGGUCACAUCUCCAGGGACUGCAAGGAGCCCAAGAAGGAGAGGGAGCAAUGCUGCUACAACUGUGGCAAGGCGGGCCACAUGGCACGUGACUGCGACCAUGCCAACGAGCAGAAGUGCUACUCUUGUGGAGGAUUCGGUCACAUCCAGAAAGGUUGUGAAAAAGUCAAGUGCUACAGGUGUGGUGAGAUCGGUCACGUUGCUGUACAGUGCAGCAAGGCGAGUGAAGUCAACUGCUAUAACUGCGGCAAGUCUGGGCACUUGGCGAAAGAAUGCACCAUCGAGGCCACAGCUUAAACCGUUUCCUUUGUCGCCCCUCCUUUUUCUGAUUGAUGGUUGUAUUAUUUUCUCUGAAUCCUCUUCACUGGCCAAAGGUUGGCAGAUAGAGGCUAGUCCCAGGCCAGUGAGCUCUUGACAUGUAAAAUGAGGAAAGGGGUGGA